AUGCGGGAGGUCAAUUUCAGCAUUCCGAAUGUCAACAAGGCCUCUGUCAAUAUUACUACCACCCUCUACGACCGGCGUGCCUUAGAUUGUACAUCCACAUUGCCUCUGAUAAACUCUCUUAAUCAUCUCGCGUAUCUCACUACGUCCUCUGCGCGGAUUCGCGAUAUCCUCACCGUCGAUGGGGGCAUCGAAAGAUUGGUCUGUAUCCUCAAAGAGGGCAGGAGUCGAGAUUUGAUGGAGAUGUGGAAAUGGAGCCUUGCCUUUCAGUGUGUUGUCAACAUCGGGGUGCGGGGCUCAGAAGGUGUUAGGACAAGAGUCGUUGAAGCUGACAUGGUGCCUGUCAUCGCAACGAUUCUUGACAAUUACAUCAAAGUGGUUGAUAAGGCACGGGCACGGGCGGACACCGAAACCCAACGGCAUUCGUCGAGGCAUCACACCAAGGCCGCCCCCGGCAUCACUGAUACCACUGGACGUCCUUCAUUCCUAGACCAAUCAUCAAACAUCGAUCAACGUACCUCUCGGCGCCAUGCUCCUCCACCGAAUAUCGAAAUCCCUUCGUUCUUCCAGGAGGCCCAAGCUGCCGACUCCAAUGCCAUGGACGUUACCUCCUCGCCUCGCCUGCCGAUGACCUCUCCUCCAGAACGCAGUACUUUCGGACAGGAGGCUCAUAGUCACAGGCCAAACGACACACGUCAUCAUUUGCACUCUGGUCACCGUCAUAGGGCGAUGCAGCCCCUUCCCACCGCAUUGCCACCAAUGGAUGCAGCCGAUGGUUUCGGAUUGCGUCCUGUUCGUGACACCGAAAGACUCCCAAGCAUGCUUCCCGCUUUGCACAAUGGAAUUACGUCUCAGCCCGAUUCUCCAACUACGCCUAGUGGACCUGUGCAGCCUCGCAACAUUACUCAAGCCAAUAUUGCGAGACAACGGCCCACUCUUAGACAACAGCAGUCAGCUUCAGGCGAAUCCGAUGAUGGAAACGGAGAAGGCUCUACAAUGGAAGAUGAAACGGGAUCUGGGGAAGCGGCCGAGCCUAUCGUUGGUCUUCAAAAUCAAAUGGAAAUUGAUGAAGUCAGCGAUAGGCAAGGUAUGCUCGAUGGCGUUUCUAAUGCGCAUGAUCUGACGUUGACUGAUCCAUCCGAAGGACAAGAGGCCGAGACAUUUAACAUCACUCAUCGCUCCACCGUCGAUGGUAGCAUCAUUAACAAUGAUACCACGCAGACCAAUGGUGCGCUGGGCUUGUCUCCUACCCAAGCCGUCAACAAUGCCAAUUCUCCUACUCUCGUUCCCAGUCCAUAUUCCCUUUACUUGCGUGACCGAUCGACAACUCAGAACGUCUUGACAACGAUGCCUCGUGACGAGGAUGUUUUGAUGUCCCUUCAACUUCUCGCAUAUGUCUCGAAGUAUUGCAACCUUCGUUCAUAUUUCCAGCACUCCCACCUUGUACCGAAACUCAAAGUCGACCGUGAACUUCACAUCCUAGAGGAAGGACACUCCCCGGUAGAGCCUGCUGACGAAGAAGACGAGUAUCUACUGGCCGACAAUGUUAACAUAUUCCCUCUCGUUGAGAAGUUCACUGUUCGGCAUCACUCCAAAGACAUGCAGUACUGGGCAUGCGUCGUCAUGAGAAAUCUUUGCCGAAAGGACGAGUCAAGGGGUGGUAUUCGUCAAUGUGCCUACUACAAGUGCGGGAAGUGGGAGGAAUUCCAGCGACAGUUUGCAAAAUGUCGACGUUGUCGCCGUACCAAGUACUGCAGCAAAGAUUGUCAAAAGGCUGCGUGGGUUUAUCAUCGUCAUUGGUGCCACACCACGCCAUGA